AUGCAGAAACUCAACCAGGCAGUGCCUCAAAGGGCUGCCAUCAUUAAAGAUGCUAAGACCAUGUAUGAUCUCCUGGUCGAGAACUUUUCCCAUCCAGCUGCAUCAAGCUUUAAUGCAUGCAUGAAGUCUGUUCAGCUUAAUUGGCAUGUCUUCUUUCAUGUUCUUGUCACUGGAGAGGGUGCUGUACAACAGAACAGACCAGGGUGCCACUUUAAAACAUUAAAGGGCAUCAGGAAAUUACUCUGUGUCAAGUCUUUGCCCCAGCAAGAGAAGCUAUUGGUUAGGUUCCGUUCCGGUUAGUGUGAACUGCCUCAUGGAUGACCGUGUUCUCCAGAAGUGCUGACAGCCAGUGUUUUCACAAGCUAUUCACAACUCAAGUGCCAGCUACUUCUGUUAGACAAAACCACAGAAAAUGAUUCUCUUUUUCGGAAGAUAAUUUCAAGCGUAACUUGAAUUUGUGCUUCAAAAACAGUAAGCGAAAAUAUUAUUUUUUCUGAAGGAAACAAUAAACAAUAGCUAUCCAGUGUUAGACAUGUGUAAAAGUUACAAAUGAGGUGUCAAAACCUUGUCAAACUCAGGCAUUAUUUCGCUUCACAACUGUUUGCUUUCAAAAUUUACCAGUUCCAUUUUGUUAGGAUCCAUGUAGUUUCUUUAAUCGCAUAUUUGGUUUGAUCAGUAGCACGAUCCAGGGUGGCAAAGCAUGUUUACGAAAACCAUAUUGAGCAAAAAAAUAUAUAUUUCAAACAAAACACUUUAAAACUUAUAUAUCCUGUUAGAUAUAGUUAACCUCUUUGUAUUAAACCAAAAAUCGUGGUAAUAGAGGAAGAAUUUAUUUUUUUAUGGAUUUUAGUAUUCAGAAAAGUGAGGCGAAUUCUUAUGUAACGCGUAACAUAAUCUGACAAAGCAUCAAACAUAUUCAAAAAUUUCUUACUUAAAAAUUUAAAAUUUCAAAAUAAUUUUGACUUAGAAAUACACUAGAAACAUAGACUUUUCAAUAAAAUAGUUAAAAUUGGAACACUGAAUUGUAAUAUUCGCGCUACGAAACAAUUUUCUCGGCGACCGAACAUGUAACGCUGUUUAUACAAUAUUGUACUAUACUUCAUAGUCACCAAGAUUUUGUCGCAAAAAAAGCUCAAAUCAGUUUAAAAAAAUACAUACAAUAAUUCUCAGAUGAUUUAUUUUCUGUAUACAAAUUUUUAUUCCAUUUAAUUCAAAGACAGCGUAAAAAAUCCAAAAAGUCUGAAUCGCGAACACAUAAAAUGCAUAGAAAAUUUACCUUAAAAUUAUUUAAUCCUCAUCUCCAAAAAGGUCUGUGAUAGCCGCGCUUAAAAUGAAAUUGCUCUUCAACUAGCAGAUCUGUCAUUCUCAAAUUCUAAACUUUCUAUCGGUACCAAAUGUUCACGAAUCUAACUCAAUUUAACAUCUAAAUUUAUGUCUUUUUUGAAUCGCGAACAUAUUCGAUCUUGGAACAGUAUUGUUUGCAUUGGUGUAUCAGUUUACACGCGCAAAAUAGUGGCAGUUUUAGAAAUCUUCGCAUCUAAACUUCGCUUCUUCCUCGCUUACAACAACCUUGUACAUUACAUCUAGAGGGGGUAUACAACAAUUAAUUGAUAUACACCCAUGAACAAACGAUCGUUUGAGACUGGAAAUUACUAGAGAACGUGACUUCCCUAGCGUGACUUCUUCCGUCGAGAAUUUACACGCUUCGCUUGCGAAAUAUUCAAUGGAAAACAAAAAAUAUUCUGCUGAUCAAUGGAGAAAAGAAAAAGAAGAAAAAAAAAAGCUUAAACAACAAAGGGAAUACUAUGAAAGAAACAAAGAAGUUCUUGCACAAAAAGCAAGAGAAAGAAUGCGCUUGCUUCGAAGCAAGAAAAAAAAAACGCGACAGUCGCCGCAGUGAAAACACGCACAUCUGCACACAAAAGGCUGAUGACAAAAGAGCCAACCGUGAGCGGAAUGCUGCAUCAGCUACCAAGAAGAAGGUUUUGAAGCAAAGAGAAAAAGAGAGGGAAGAGAAAAAGCGACAGCAAACUCGAGAAAGGGUUCGAAAACUUCGUCAGAAUAGAAAAGAGUCAUCAUUUGCGCAACCGAAACCUGAAGUCAACAUCACCACACCAGCUUUUAGUUCAAGGAUGGCAAAAAAACGUGCAAAGGACAAGGUGUCCCCUGCCUUACCUCAAACCCCCGCAAAAAAGGCUGAAAUUCUUCAAAACCUUGCAAGUACUCCUCGCACAAGGAAGAUUCUGAAAAAAAAAAAGAAGUUCGUGAGACCAGUUGAGGAGCAACAAAAUAUCGAAGCAAUGGAGUGUUUGGUAGAAGAUUUGGCAGAAGGAUUGUCCAAAGUCAAAAAGCUAAGUCGACUGAUGAAAGAGCAGCUUAUAACUGUACGCGCUCUUUGGCUUUUGGAUCUUCUGUCAAAAAAAAAAACAAGCACCAAACACGGAUUGCCAAGAUGAUGGGAGUAAAAAGAAGCCAGGUGUCCAAAGCUAUCAAACAUAGAGAAAGAGUUUUGAAGGGUGAUGAGGCCUGCUGGUUGAGCACAAAAAGAAAUGUCAGGUGUGACGCGAUUAAAGAAGAAGAUAAGCGUGUUAUCUACGAUUUUUGGACCCUACAAGCAAGUCGACCCACUGGAUCCAAAAGAGACAAGAUGCGGCAACGAAUUGGCAAAAAGGAGUAUGUGGAGCACGCAAAGCAUAUCCUUGAAAAGACUCAAACAGAGUGUUUCAAAGAAUUCCAGGAGCUACAUCCCGACAUAAAAGUGAAACAACGAAGAUUUGAGCAGUUGAAGCCUUUCUUUGUUACUGGAGCUAGAGAGAGAGAUAGACAAUCUUGCUUGUGUAGGAAGCAUGUAGAAUGCAAAAUUGUAUUUGAUUCUUGCAUGAAAUAUCGAAAAUCCAUACAAAAUAAUGAAGUUCAAGCCUUUAAUUUUCUCACUGAAGCUGUGGAAUCCACAUUGUGUGAAAAGCCAGAAGACUCCAGCUAUUCCUCUCUAGACUGCCUGACAAGGAGCUGUGACAAGUGUGGGGUGAAGAACUUCAAGACAGCAGCUGAAGAAAUGUCUGAAACUGAAGUCAAGUGGAAACGAUAUGAAUACAUAACGUACAAAGAUAACAAUGGCGAGGAAAAAAGGAAAAUCCACUUGGUCCAAAAAAAGAAACUCCUGUCAAAGAGAUGUUUGACUAUUUCCAGCAACUCCUGAAAGAUUAUCCCUACCAUUCAUUUAUGGCCAAAUGGCAAAAAGAACAGUUUGAUCAUUUAAUGACAAACCUGCCUCUCAACCAUAUCAUCUGUGUGCAUGAUUUUUCUGAGAAUUACACUUGCAGAUCACAAGAUGAAAUUCAAUCAGAGUAUUUCGAUCCUGUGAAAGUCAGCAUUCAUGUGUCAAUUGUCUAUCGCCAUGCUGAUAUUGACAUUGAUGGCAAAGCAAGUACAGAACAAGACCCUGUCCUCAUCAAAGAGCACAUCUUUGCCCUUUCAGAAGACAACACUCAAGACUACCAUUUUGUACACCACACCCAAGGCCUAAUACUGACGUACCUUAGGAAUGAGGUCAAAGUGAAAGUAGACAAAGUUCAUGAAUUCACUGAUGGGUGUGCUGGACAAUACAAAUCUAAGCACACUUUUGGUGAUUUGUCAUGUUCUUUGUCUGACUUUGGGUGUCAGGUGGACCGGCAUUUCUUUGAAACCUCUCAUGCAAAAGGAGAGCAAGAUGCAGCAGGUGCUAAUGUCAAACAACGUGCUACUCUUGCUGUGAUUCGAAGAGAAGCAUCCAUCAAGUCUGCAAAGGAGCUCUAUGAGUAUCUGAAGGACAAGUUCUCUUUGCCAUCUUCAACCAACAGCAAAACCACCUUAAACAAGAGAGUAUACUUCUACAUUCCACUAAAUGGAGAAGGAGCUGUUGACAGAAACAGAAUUGGCCGCACUUUUAAAGAGCUAAAAGGGAUUAGAAAAAAUCCACUCUGUAAAAAAACAACUUCUCAGCAAUGUAAGGUGAAGACAAGGCUAAGAAGCUGUAUGUGCAUUGGUUGUUUAACUGACAUGGACUGUGAAAAUGAGGAGUAUGUUGAUAAGUGGAGAGAGGUUGAGAUGUCAAGAGAAGGAGAUGUUGCAGUCACAAGGCAGAAUCAAGACUCAGUCAAUGUCAGUAAAACAGUCAAUGCACUCACUGAUCUUGUUGAAGAAGGAACUACUGUCGCCAUUGCAGCAGCUGAUGACGCCAUAUAUGAUUACUACCUCUUCAAAGUUACAAGCAGUGGUGCCAUAAUUUUGGGUGAAGAUGAAGUUGAUGACUAUAGUGCUGCUUAUCAGAAAGGUUCCUUUGUCUUCAAGGGUAACUUUUUCCUAAGGGACAAUAUUAUAGACAUGACCUACAAGCUUGACAAUAAACAAGCUAUUGUGUAUGCAAACACUGUCAGGACUAUCUGUGGAGAACUCAAGAAAUUAAAUAGGCGAGAAAUGUAUUAUUCCAGCUUUUACCCAACCAGCAUGAGGAAAUUAUGUCUUCUUUUUAGUUAUGUAAAUAAAACUGUGUUAUUUCUAAACAGAAUCGUGAAUUUAAGCCUGCAAAUGUGUAAAUAGAAUAUAUGACCACGCCUGCUAUGCAUUCUGGGUAUUAAGUAAUGAGGAUAAUUUAACAGAUAACAUCAAAUAUUUUCUCAAAAAGUAGUUCUUACAAUAAAAGUUUAUGAAUAAUCUAUGUUUUGAUGAUUUUUUGGUAAUUUUAUGAAGUUGCUAGUUUUUCCCUAAUGUUACGCAUUUGUACCCCUGGAUCUUGCAACUGAUCUUUCUUUUCUCAGAGCAAUAUCAAGCACUUUUUAGAAAAUCAUGUAUGCAAAACCACUUUAUUUCAAUUUCUUCUUUCAUUCACUUGAAUUCAGUAAUAUGUGUAUUUGUUUCAAAAGUGAAUUUAAGCUAUUACAGUAGGGAAUGGAUGGAAAGCAUCAAAAAGUUGUAGAAAAAUUCAUACUAGAUUAAUACAACUAUGCUAUUAUAUUCCUACAAAUUAAGUGAAUUAAUUAUUGCAGUUAUCUAGUAUUGAUCAUUUCAUUGUCAAGAUGUGAAUUGCAAGAAAUAAAACUAACCAUUCAAAGCUGCAUAACUCCAUGCAAACAGCCAGGCACUGUUAGACCACAGGCCUGAUAAACCUUAUUUUAGAAAAAAGGCCUUUAUAUGUGAUAUAAAAAGGCUUUUAUAUCACAUAACUGUAGUUUUUUCAUGAAUUUGCUUGAAACAAACAUUAAAAGCAAAAGUACACAUAGAGAAACAAUAAAUAGAGCAUUUUAGCAUUUAAAGGAUUUUUUGGCCUAUUUAAUCCAAAUUGGAGUCAUGAUGGUGCAACUCAUCCAAGUAUAAUUUCAACUAUGCUUACUUGGACCCCCACACCAACCAAAAAGUCAAUAUACUGGACAUCUUAACCAACCACAUAAUAGGGGACAAAUGGCUGUAAAAGCAAAGUUAUACACAUGAAAAAAUCCCAUCAUUGUGAGUGCAAAUUACUGAAAUUACAUGAUGCAGUUCUAGCAGAAUACAGCAUCAAUCCCAUUCAACAUCUGGGAAGAACACAUCAAAAAGUCCUCCCAAGGCUGUGCUUACACCAUCCAUCCCGUCACCACAUGUGUUUGGACAGGCUCUAAAGAGCUGUCUAUACAAACCAAAACUACAGUCCAAGUCCUGA